AUGGCAACCUCACACGAGCCUCCUGGGGCAACGUCUGCACACGACUCCUCCCCUCUACUAACCAAAGAGACAGCACCCAAGCUCCCCUUGCCCCAGCGCCUCCUGACAGGCCUCUGUCUAUACUCCUUCAAAAGCGUUGUAUAUAUUGGCCUCCGCCUUCUGCGCUUUAGCAACUACCUCACGAAAAAGGCUCAACCAACGUUCAAGAACUUCUAUUCCGUGCGGCCCAAUCUCGAGGUCCGCGUCUUCGUUCCACCAAGCCAUGGCUCCACAUCAGAGCCUCUACCAACCUAUAUCAACAUUCACGGUGGCGGUUUUGCCCUAUGCGAUCCCGUUGUGGAUGACCCCUUCUGCCACACCCUCUGCCACAAACACAACUGCCUUGUUAUCUCCCUCUCCUAUUCCCGAUCGCCACGGUCCCCCUUCCCCGUCGCUGUCCAGGACAUCACCGCCUUGAUCCCAGCCAUUCUCGCAGACAGUACCCUCCCUAUCGACCACGGCCGCGUGGCCCUAGGCGGCUUCUCUGCUGGUGGCAACCUCGCUCUCGCUGCCGCACAGUCACCCUUGGUCGGUGCCAGACUGAAAGCCAUCGUCCCAGUCUACCCUGUCGUCGACUUCUCCGGCAAAUACAAGGGCACCUUCCGCACCAUGCCGGACGGAACGCAGGACGUGCUCAAGACCACGGGUGCGUGGUUCAAUUGGGCAUACAUCCCCGCCGGCACACGCUUGAGCGACCCACUGCUGUCGCCCAUCUACGCCGAGCGUCAAUCACUGCCGCAGCGUGCUCUUUUCAUCGGCUGUGAGUUCGAUGUGCUCUGUCAUGAGGCCCACGAGAUGGCCAAGAAGCUUGCCGGUGCAUCUGCCGCAAAGAAGGACGAGUCCGAAGACUGGGAGGAAGGCGGCGUGAGGUGGCUGCGGGUCAAGGGCUGGAGGCACGGCUUCACGCAUACCAGGGAGCGUGGAGAGAAGGAAAGAUUGAGAGCUCGCGCAACAGAGGACUUGUAUGCGGAGAUGGCAAAGUGGCUAGAAGGCGCGUUUGAGGAAAAGUAA